AUGACUGAGAAAGGACAAACAGGUGCGAAUUGUAAUCUUGAAAACACCAACAGAAUUGCCAAUAAAAUUGGAAAGAGUAGAGAGCAAGAAAAAGGGAAUAGUCAUAUUGGACACGCCAAAGAUUUCCAGAACGCUAUAGACCACUAUGAACGAGACCUCAAAAUAUCAAGAGAAGUGGGAGACAGGGCAGAAGAACGAAGAGCGUAUUGUAAUCUUGGCAACGCCUAUCACAGUCUUGGAGACUUUCAGAAAGCCAUAGAGUACCAUGAACGAUACCUCAAAAUUUCGAAAGAAGUGGGAGACAGGGCAGGAGAAGGAAGAGCGUACUGUAAUCUUGGCAACGCCUUUCAAAAUCUUGGAGAUUUUCAGAAAGCCAUAGAGUACCAUGAACAAGACCUGAAAAUUUCGAAAGAAGUGGGAGACAGGGCAGGAGAAGGAAGAGCGUACGGUAAUCUUGGCAACGACUUUAGAAAUCUUGGAGAUUUCCAGAAAGCCAUAGAGUACCAUGAACGACACCUCACAAUUUCGAAAGAAGUGGGAGACAGGGCAGGAGAAGGAAGAGCGUACUGUAAUCUUGGCAACGCCUAUAACAGUCUUGGAGAUUUCCAGGAAGCCAUAGAGUACCAUGAACGAUACCUCAAAAUUUCGAAAGAAGUGGGAGACAGGGCAGGAGAAGGAAAAGCGUACGGUAAUCUUGGCAACGCCUUUCAAAAUCUUGGAGAUUUUCAGAAAGCCAUAGAGUACCAUGAACAAGACCUGAAAAUUUCGAAAGAAGUGGGAGACAGGGCAGGAGAAGGAAGAGCGUACGGUAAUCUUGGCAACGACUUUAGAAAUCUUGGAGAUUUCCAGAAAGCCAUAGAGUACCAUGAACGACACCUCAAAAUUUCGAAAGAAGUGGGAAACAGGGCAGGAGAAGGAAGAACGUACUGUAAUCUUGGCAACGCCUAUAACAGUCUUGGAGAUUUCCAGGAAGCCAUAGAGUACCAUGAACGAUACCUCAAAAUUUCGAAAGAAGUGGGAGACAGGGCAGGAGAAGGAAAAGCGUACUGUAAUCUUGGCAACGCCUUUCAAAAUCUUGGAGAUUUUCAGAAAGCUAUAGAGUACCAUGAACAAGACCUGAAAAUUUCGAAAGAAGUGGGAGACAGGGCAGGAGAAGGAAGAGCGUACGGUAAUCUUGGCAACGACUUUAGAAAUCUUGGAGAUUUCCAGAAAGCCAUAGAGUACAAUGAACGACACCUCACAAUUUCGAAAGAAGUGGGAGACAGGGCAGGAGAAGGAAGAGCGUACUGUAAUCUUGGCAACGCCUAUAACAGUCUUGGAGAUUUCCGGGAAGCCAUAGAGUACCAUGAACGAUACCUCAAAAUUUCGAAAGAAGUGGGAGACAGGGCAGGAGAAGGAAAAGCGUACUGUAAUCUUGGCAACGCCUUUCAAAAUCUUGGAGAUUUUCAGAAAGCCAUAGAGUACCAUGAACAAGACCUGAAAAUUUCGAAAGAAGUGGGAGACAGGGCAGGAGAAGGAAGAGCGUACGGUAAUCUUGGCAACGACUUUAGAAAUCUUGGAGAUUUCCAGAAAGCCAUAGAGUACCAUGAACGACACCUCAAAAUUUCGAAAAGAAGAACGUAGUGGGAAACAGGGCAGGAGAAGGAAGAACGUACUGUAAUCUUGGCAACGCCUAUUAGAAAAAUUCUUGGAGAUUUCCAGAAAGCCAUAGAGUACCAUGAACGACACCUCAAAAUUUCGAAAGAAGUGGGAGACAGGGCAGGAGAAGGGAAAAACGUACUGUAAUCUUGGCAACGCCUUUUCAAAAAGUCUUGGAGAUUUAAUCAGGAAGCCAUAGAGAUUUCAGUACCAUGAACAAGACCUGAAAAUUUCGAAAGAAGUGGGAGACAGGGCAGGAGAAGGAAAAGCGUACUGUAAUCUUGGCAACGACUUUUUUCAAAAUCUUGGAGAUUUUCAGAAAGCCAUAGAGUACCAUGAACAAGACCUGAAAAUUUCCAAAGAAGUGGGAGACAGGGCAGGAGAAGGAAGAGCGUACGGUAAUCUUGGCAACGACUUUAGAAAUCUUGGAGAUUUCCAGAAAGCCAUAGAGUACCAUGAACGACACCUCACAAUUUCGAAAGAAGUGGGAGACAGGGCAGGAGAAGGAAGAACGUACUGUAAUCUUGGCAACGCCUAUAACAGUCUUGGAGAUUUCCAGGAAGCCAUAGAGUACCAUGAACGAUACCUCAAAAUUUCGAAAGAAGUGGGAGACAGGGCAGGAGAAGGAAAAGCGUACUGUAAUCUUGGCAACGCCUUUCAAAAUCUUGGAGAUUUUCAGAAAGCCAUAGAGUACCAUGAACAAGACCUGAAAAUUUCGAAAGAAGUGGGAGACAGGGCAGGAGAAGGAAGAGCGUACGGUAAUCUUGGCAACGACUUUAGAGAUCUUGGAGAUUUCCAGAAAGCCAUAGAGUACCAUGAACGACACCUCACAAUUUCGAAAGAAGUGGGAGACAGGGCAGGAGAAGGAAGAACGUACGGUAAUCUUGGCAACGCCUAUAACAGUCUUGGAGAUUUCCAGGAAGCCAUAGAGUACCAUGAACGAUACCUCAAAAUUUCGAAAGAAGUGGGAGACAGGGCAGGAGAAGGAAAAGCGUACUGUAAUCUUGGCAACGCCUUUCAAAAUCUUGGAGAUUUUCAGAAAGCCAUAGAGUACCAUGAACGAGACCUGAAAAUUUCGAAAGAAGUGGGAGACAGGGCAGGAGAAGGAAGAGCGUACUGUAAUCUUGGCAACGACUUUAGAUAUCUUGGAGAUUUCCAGAAAGCCAUAGAGUACCAUGAACGACACCUCAAAAUUUCGAAAGAAGUGGGAGACAGGGCAGGAGAAGGAAGAGCGUACGGUAAUCUUGGCAACGACUUUAGAAAUCUUGGAGAUUUCCAGAAAGCCAUAGAGUACCAUGAACGACACCUCAAAAUUUCGAAAGAAGUGGGAGACAGGGCAGGAGAAGGAAGAACGUACGGUAAUCUUGGCAACGCCUAUAACAGUCUUGGAGAUUUCCAGGAAGCCAUAGAGUACCAUGAACAAGACCUGAAAAUUUCCAAAGAAGUGGGAGACAGGGCAGGAGAAGGAAAAGCGUACUGUAAUCUUGGCAACGCCUUUCAAAAUCUUGGAGAUUUUCAGAAAGCCAUAGAGUACCAUGAACAAGACCUGAAAAUUUCCAAAGAAGUGGGAGACAGGGCAGGAGAAGGAAGAGCGUACGGUAAUCUUGGCAACGACUUUAGAGAUCUUGGAGAUUUCCAGAAAGCCAUAGAGUACCAUGAACGACACCUCAAAAUUUCGAAAGAAGUGGGAAACAGGGCAGGAGAAGGAAGAACGUACUGUAAUCUUGGCAACGCCUAUAACAGUCUUGGAGAUUUCCAGAAAGCUAUAGAGUACCAUGAACGAUACCUCAAAAUUUCGAAAGAAGUGGGAGACAGGGCAGGAGAAGGAAAAGCGUACUGUAAUCUUGGCAACGCUUUUCAAAAUCUUGGAGAUUUUCAGAAAGCCAUAGAGUACCAUGAACAAGACCUGAAAAUUUCGAAAGAAGUGGGAGACAGGGCAGGAGAAGGAAGAGCGUACGGUAAUCUUGGCAACGACUUUAGAAAUCUUGGAGAUUUCCAGAAAGCCAUAGAGUACCAUGAACGACACCUCAAAAUUUCGAAAGAAGUGGGAGACAGGGCAGGAGAAGGAAGAGCGUACGGUAAUCUUGGCAACGACUUUAGAGAUCUUGGAGAUUUCCAGAAAGCCAUAGAGUACCAUGAACGACACCUCACAAUUUCGAAAGAAGUGGGAGACAGGGCAGGAGAAGGAAGAACGUACGGUAAUCUUGGCAACGCCUAUAACAGUCUUGGAGAUUUCCAGGAAGCCAUAGAGUACCAUGAACGAUACCUCAAAAUUUCGAAAGAAGUGGGAGACAGGGCAGGAGAAGGAAAAGCGUACUGUAAUCUUGGCAACGCCUUUCAAAAUCUUGGAGAUUUUCAGAAAGCCAUAGAGUACCAUGAACAAGACCUGAAAAUUUCGAAAGAAGUGGGAGACAGGGCAGGAGAAGGAAGAGCGUACGGUAAUCUUGGCAACGACUUUAGAGAUCUUGGAGAUUUCCAGAAAGCCAUAGAGUACCAUGAACGACGCCUCAAAAUUUCGAAAGAAGUGGGAGACAGGGCAGGAGAAGGAAGAGCGUACGGUAAUCUUGGCAACGACUUUAGAGAUCUUGGAGAUUUCCAGAAAGCUAUAGAGUACCAUGAACGACACCUCAAAAUUUCGAAAGAAGUGGGAGACAGGGCAGGAGAAGGAAGAACGUACGGUAAUCUUGGCAACGCCUAUAACAGUCUUGGAGAUUUCCAGGAAGCCAUAGAGUACCAUGAACAAGACCUGAAAAUUUCCAAAGAAGUGGGAGACAGGGCAGGAGAAGGAAAAGCGUACUGUAAUCUUGGCAACGCCUUUCAAAAUCUUGGAGAUUUUCAGAAAGCCAUAGAGUACCAUGAACAAGACCUGAAAAUUUCCAAAGAAGUGGGAGACAGGGCAGGAGAAGGAAGAGCGUACGGUAAUCUUGGCAACGACUUUAGAGAUCUUGGAGAUUUCCAGAAAGCCAUAGAGUACCAUGAACGACACCUCAAAAUUUCGAAAGAAGUGGGAAACAGGGCAGGAGAAGGAAGAACGUACUGUAAUCUUGGCAACGCCUAUAACAGUCUUGGAGAUUUCCAGAAAGCUAUAGAGUACCAUGAACGAUACCUCAAAAUUUCGAAAGAAGUGGGAGACACGGCAGGAGAAGGAAAAGCGUACUGUAAUCUUGGCAACGCCUAUAUCAGUCUUGGAGAUUUCCAGAAAGCUAUAGAGUACCAUGAACGAUACCUCAAAAUUUCGAAAGAAGUGGGAGACAGGGCAGGAGAAGGAAGAGCGUACGGUAAUCUUGGUAACGCCUAUAAAACUCUUGGAGAUUUCCAGAAAGCCAUAGAGUAUUAUAAGAAGAGUGUUACAGCCUUCGACCACAUCAGGGGAAAUCUCAUAUCUAAUGACGAAUGGAAGAUAAACCUUGCGAAUACGUAUGAUUAUAUUAAUUUGAGUCUAUGGGGGCUGCAGUUUAAGGAAGGUAAAGUCAUCGAGGCACUUUUAACUGCUGAUCAUGGACGUGCACAGGCUCUAAACGAUCUUCUGGAGUUCAAGUAUGGCCUUAAAGGGCUACGCUUAGAAAUAGGAACACUUUCUGCAAGACCAAGUUACUUUCCUGGCUAUUUACCUUCAAAUACAGCUUUUAUAGCUAUCAACAAAGGAGAAAUAGUUCUCUGGGUGAGCGAGAAAGGAAAAGAAAUCAAAACUAGAAGAAGCCAGAUUGUUAUCUCUGCUACAAACUAUUUUCAGUCUCUUUUGGAAACUAUACAUAAAGAAACAGGUGUGAGAGCUGAUGUUAAUUGUGAAGAUCGCUCGUUAAGGAACCCAAACGAUAAAAAGUUAGCAGAAGAAAGAUCCAUUAAGGCAAAGUCUCAUCCUUCAUGUUUUGAGACAAAAUCAUUACAAACAUUUUACAAUGCUGUUAUAGACCCUAUAAGAGACUUACUCCAGGGAGAUGAGGUUGUGGUCGUUCCAGAAGGACCUCUGUAUUUGGCGCCUUAUGCUGCUUUCAUGGACUUGAAAUCAGAGUACCUCUGUGAAACGUUCAGAAUUCGUCUGCUUCCCUCACUUUCUAGUCUUCGAUUAAUCCAAAAUAGUCCAGCAGACUGGCACAGCAAAACUGGCGCUCUUCUUGUCGGCGAUCCGUGGGUACAGGAAGUAGUUUAUGAAGGAAUGAUGCUAGAGCAGUUAAAGUGGGCUAAAAAAGAAGUGCAGAUGAUUGGGGAAAUACUUCAAACUGUACCUCUUGUUGGAAAGCAGGCAACAAAAGAUGAAGUUUUGAGACGUAUCUCCUCGGUUGCUUUGGUACACAUUGCUGCUCACGGUAAAAUGGAAACAGGAGAAAUUGCCUUGGCCCCUAACACAACCCGUUCAUCAUCCGGAAAUCCAGCCAGGGAGGACUAUCUCUUAACUAUGAAAGAUGUUUUAAAGGCGCAGAUUAGGGCAAGACUUGUUGUACUUAGUUGUUGUCAUAGUGCUCGGGGAGAAGUCAAAUCUGAGGGUGUGGUCGGCAUCGCACGUGCUUUUUUGGGUGCUGGUGCUCGUUCUGUUCUGGUGUCCCUGUGGGCGAUCGACGACGAAGCUACUAUGGCAUUCAUGAAAGUUUUCUACCAACACUUAGGCCAUGGACACAGUGCCAGUGAGGCCCUGAAUAAAGCCAUGAAAUCCAUGCGAGAAUCUGACCGCUUUAGCGCAGUGAAGUACUGGGCGCCGUUUGUUCUCAUUGGUGAUGACGUAACGCUUGAGUUUGAAGGAAUCGAUUAAAUAGUAAGGUAUUUUGGGAUAUAUUUAAACCUGGGAUCAUAAUCCCUGCUUUUGCAAACGUCAUUUUUUGCGGCUUUAUAGGGCAACGAUCUAACUCAAUCAGUGCCACUCACAACGUUAAUCUGCCUAUGACAGGUCAAGUUGACAGCACCAAAAACGUCUGACUUUGGUAGUUUGUUUGGCAGUUAAACACUACAUGAAAUUUUGUUUCAAAUCUAAUGUUUUCUUUACAUUUCAAUGUGUCAGUGUCACUGUUCGCGUUCGUUCCAUUGGAACUUAUUGGAGUUUGUGUGGGAAGGAGUGGGGUGGGGUGGGCGCUUAUUCGAGGCUAGGUUCUUAUUAACUUUUUCUGCCUUUAGGAUGGGCGCUUAUUCGAGGUGGGUGCUAAUUCGAGGUUGGGCGCUUAUUCGAAUAAAUACGGUAUAUAAGAAUGGGGAGAGGGGGGCUUGAAUGAGAAAGGGGGUAUAAUAUCUUUCUUUUUGCUUUAAAUGUAUAAUAAGUCUAGUCGUUGGUUGAAGUUACCAGUUUAAAUGUGACCCUUUGCUCUAACAGAUUAAAGGGCGUGUUCGAUUCACCCUAUUCCGCCUCCCAAAUAAGAAUAAAUGGAGCAAACUCGCUGCUUUCAUUGUAUUGUAAUAUCUACAAAAAUGAUUGAAAUAAAGUACAUAGACUUUAAAUUGUCCAAAAAUUAAGGUAUAGAAGAGGUUUAUUCUGGAAUACGAUCAAUCGAGCGCACUCUUAGAAGUCAGUUGUCAAAAUGUUUUUCGCUAGCUGAAAUCACUAUCCUUCUCUUCUGCUAGUUUGCUAACGUUGUGUUUUGCUGUUUUUGUUGUUUUUGUUACUGUAUAGGUAUGAUGAAGAAUGCAGUCAAGCAGUUCCUAAGUUGAAGUCAGUUCCUUAUUUGUCACAAUUACGAGGUGGACCGUUUCUACCAAGAGUAGCAACGCUUUCUCCCGAAAAGAAGAUUAUAUGCUGUUCAUAACUAAGUUGAAGCUUUUUGCAGUCUGAAAAUUACAGUGUACGUGUCGUAGCUUAUUUUGCGACCCGUCGCGUUCACUUGAAACUUGUUUUAUAGUCACCUGAAGAAUAUCAGGAGUCAGUAGUCAAUUUCGGCUAUUUUCAUUGUUAUACCAUAUGUGACAAAGGCACUUUAGGACGAUGUGUCUACUGGGAAUUUAAUGUAGUUCUUUACUUUUUUAUUAGUUGACAGUUGUAUUUUGUAAUUCUUUUGGCAGAUUGAUUGAAGUUUAUUAGUGUCUAGAAAGGUCUCCAUUCUAAUACUGUAGUCAAAUUACCUGAGUGUUCAGUUACUAGUUUAAAUUGGCUAAAAGACCAUUUGGCCGAUACCAAAAAAUUAAAAAAUAAAAAAACUUUCAGCCGGCGUCAAAAAGGAAUACACUUGACUGAUGUCUCUCAUCUGGUGAUAGCGGGGUGGAUAGGGUAGCUCGCAUCUUAUGCCAAGCGCGGGGAAACCUGGAAAUGAUGCCCGGCAUAAAAAACUGGAGCUGGUGUCAUGCGAGAGAAAAGCAGACCGUGUUGAAAGCGCGGGAAAGUUUUGUCUGAUGUCAAGAGAACAAAGUGGACUCCCUCUUCCUUUAUUAGUUUCGCUUUAGAAUUUUAAGUUUCUCUGUAGGACGAGAAGCCAUCUGGCUUAGCGUAAAGUUAAAAAUAGAUCUCUUCAGGUGUCGAAAGAAGAAAAUUUUUUAUCCUAAAAAAAAUCUUUACUUUUUCUCAAGUAACACAGAGGAACUUUUCGUGGAGAAAUUUCAGGGUCGUACUAAAAUUGAUCCCAUGCUUCGGCCUGAGUAUAUUUUUAAUCCUUUACAUCAGGGGCGAACUUAUCCUCCUGAGAAUAACAUAUUUUGUAUUACCGUGGA